AUGGCUAAGAGAAAAAGCUUUUAUGGGAAGUUAAGUAAGAGUGAGUUCUGGCUUGACAAAGUUGUUUUCUUAGGUCAUUGGAUUUCAAGGGAUGGCAUUAUUACGGAUCCUGAGAAGAUAAGAACCAUUAUUGACUUGCCAACACCUAAUAGUGUAAAAGAGUUGACUACUUCUCCAGUAUUUGUAUUGCUUGCGUACAGUGAUGCGUCUUUUGAGGGUCUAGCUUGUGUGUUGUUGCAAGAAGGAAAGUUAAUUGUUUAUACUUUGGGAAAAUUAAGACCAAAUGAGAAGAACUACCCGGUGCACGUAGGACUACACACCGGUCCAAACCCGAACCGGACCGGACCUGAACUGGUUGGACAGGAAGACUGGAUUUUUAAAUUUUGA